AUGAAUUGGGACUACCCUAUCCACAGCUUUACGGAUCCUAAUGUCGAACCUCAAACGCCCACGAGAACACCCACUACGAGCUCGUUCGAGACCUCUUUCCAGACCCCAAAGCUCGAAUCCAGCUUCUACGACCCCCGGGUUACAUGGAACACUGCAGACCCGUACGGCUCUAGCCCAGAGCUGAUCAAAUUCCCGCCCAGGUUUGACCUGGCUUCUCCGUCACCGCAACGAGGCCGAUUAUCAGGCGGUGAUGGUUUGAACAGUGGUGGCACGACACUGGGUAGUGGGAGGAAGACAAGGGCAUUGAAUACGAUUUCCAGCUCCAGGCCUGACAUGUCGGAUGGAAUCGAUGCCACGAGCCGUUCCGCUGCCUCGAUGCAGACGCCCCCGCCUACCAGCACCUCGAGGAGGAGAAUGCAGGACCCCAUGAAUCUAACGACUGACGAUGCUGCCACGCCCGUGCAAGAAACGAACACAAGCCAGCUCGAGACCCCGAGCCGCUUCAUCGGUUUGUCACCCAACUUCUACGGCUUCCAGGGCACCCCUGAUUUGUUCCGUGUAGCUGGAGCAUCAGUUACCGAAUCCUCCUAUAUCCCUCGAUAUCAAAUGCCAUGGUAUCAGGAGAAUGCACCCCAGUCGUCGACGAUGAUGGAUCCCGCAAUGUAUAGCAAUCAUUUUGAUAUAUCGUCGCAACCGCAACCACAGCCGCCUGUGGAGGCAUUCGAUGCCGACCCUACAAGUGAGAUCGGACUAGAGACUCCAAGGCUACCUGUAACGCAAUCGGUUGGGAGAAAACGGGUAGGUCUGGGUAUUCCUCAGGACCUACGAUACCUUGAUACGCAGCAGGGUGCGGCCAUUAGUAGCUCGUUCUCAGCAUCACCACGCAUGCCUGCACCACAAAACGACGACCCUUCGAUGUUCCUCAGCUCUCCAGCAAGACGAUUCGGCUUCUCUGACCCGUCAUAUUCCCCUAGUGCAACCCGGAUAGAGAACCGUCAGCCAUACCAUUAUCAGAUGGAGGAGUCCGAACGUGACAGACGAGAAAGGGGCCUGUGCAAGGUGCCACGGACCCGGAGUGUUGGUCAGAAACGGCAUGCUACUGCUGCUGCUACUUCUGCCACUGCUACCUACCAGGAUCCCUAUGCAUCCCUUCCUCGGUCUAACUUGGGCAGGCCACCCGCCAGGCGGACUACCACACAUUCUGGUGCGAUAUCUCGGCAGAACUCCUUUUCCGCCGGAACUAUGAAUUCUAUGCCCGGCAGCGGGGUGACCAAGACGCCUUCCAAGGGCCGGACCUCGCCGUUUAAGACGCAGAUGCACUCCUUUCCUCGACCUACCUCGCUGGCUGCACCCAUGGAAGCGCUCGUCCUGAAGGUUGGCAAGGACGGGAUAGCCACCACCGAGAUGAAAAUGGCACCAUGCUCGCAGUCCCAAUUCCCCGAUGCAUCUCCCGAUAUAAGUAUCGAGGAACUCUCAACCGAAAGCGACAGUGACCUGUCUGAUACUUCAGAGCGUCGGAUAACGAGAAGUCAGAAUCCGUCUUUCAAUUUCCCCGAUAUCACACCCCGUAGGCCUCGCAUCGCACGCACACCAUCGUCGUCUUGCCCACACUCGAAGAGCUCGUCCCGCUCGUCAACGGUAGGCUCGUCACAUUCGGGGUAUAACCCGGGCUGGACGGACACCUCACGGGGCAGGGGGAGACAGUUAGAUGUUCUCUCCGCCCAGGAUGCGUGGGACCAACGCCGUCGACACUCUGUCAACCCAUCGAGCAGUCAUUCGCGAAACUACUCGAUCACCGACUCCGAGGCAACCCAGGAAGACGACGAGGCAGAUGAUGCGGGACACGCCCAACAUGCACUGAAACAGGUCCUCAAGGCUCGUAAGCGCCAAUCGGUCGCUGGGUACGGGUCAAUGUCUAGAGCUUCCCACUCACUGGCGAUGGCGACGUUACGGUCUUCACCUCCGCUGGUGGGAUACCCCGAAUCAUAUGCCGAAGACGUCAAUUCGCCCACCAAGAUGACUGAGACAGACACCGCUCCCACGCAGACCAUGGACCGCCAGAACAACCCCAGUACGGGGACCAGAUUGAAUCGUGCACGCACUGGCUCCAUACGAAGUGUGUUGGACUUGACCGCCAAAGCCUGCCACCGGUAUACAUCUGCGUCUACUGCGUGCACAACCCCGUACGCCGACGAGUCCGCGACCCGCGGGUCCGUGGAGGUCACGUCUCCUCUCCGCUUACCCAUAAAUCGUAUGGCUUCCUCUAACGCCUAA